AUCUGAUCAAUGGAGAUUAGUGGAAGCAGCUGCAAUCUGACUCAGCAUCACCGCAAAGCAAGGUCAGCUAGCUAAGCGGCAAUAAUGAGAGGCUCCAAGCUCUCCGUGCUCUCGCUUAUCCCAUUCCUUCUCCUCGCGGCCGUAGGCGAGGUCGCCGGCGGUGAUCUCGCCACGUUCAUCGUCCACGUGCAGCCCAAGGAGAACCAGGCGGCGCUCGCUUCCGCCGGCGACAGGGACGCCUGGUACAGGUCGUUCCUGCCCGAGGACGGCCGCCUCGUCCACGCGUACCACCACGUCGCCAACGGCUUCGCUGCCCGGCUGACGCCGGAGGAGCUCGCCGCGCUGUCCGGGGCGGCCGGCUUCGUGAGCGCCGUCCCGGAAGAGACGUACGAGCUGCACACGACGCACACGCCGCUCUUCCUCGGGCUGGACGCCCGCCAGGCCCAGAUCGCCAACCAUGGCUCCGAGCGCGGCGCCGGGGUCAUCAUCGGCAUGCUCGACACCGGCGUCUUCCCGACACACCCCUCCUUCAGCGACGACGGCAUGCCGCCGCCGCCGAGCAAGUGGAAGGGGCGCUGCGACUUCACCGGAGGCCACGUGUGCAAUAACAAGCUCAUCGGCGCCCGCUCCUUCAUGUCCCACGACUUGCGGGUGCAGCCGGUCGACGACGCCGGGCACGGCACCCACACCGCGAGCACGGCCGCGGGCGCCGUCGUGCCAGGCGCUCAGGCACUCGGUCAGGCCGCGGGUGUCGCCGCCGGGAUGGCGCCCCGCGCGCACGUCUCCAUGUACAAGGUGUGCAACGAGACGAACUGCCUCAGCUCCGACAUACUCGCCGGCGUCGACGCCGCCGUGGGCGACGGCUGCGACAUCAUCUCCAUGUCCAUUGGUGGAGUGUCGAAGCCGUUCUACCGUGACGCCAUCGCCAUGGCGACGUUCGGCGCCAUCGAGAAGGGUGUUUUCGUAGCCAUGUCGGCUGGCAACUCCGGCCCAAACGCCAGCUCCGUGACGAACGAGGCGCCAUGGAUGCUCACCGUCGCCGCGAGCACGAUGGACCGCUCGAUUCGCUCGACGGUCCGCCUGGGUAACGGCGUCGUCCUCGACGGCGAGUCGGUCUACCAGCCACGUGUCUCGGUCCCCACCUCCCACCCGUUGGUCUACGCUGGCACCAACGGGAAGCCGUACGCCGAGCUCUGCGGCAACGGCUCGCUCGACGGCUUGGACGUCGCGGGCAAGAUAGUGCUCUGCGAGUUUGGGAGCGGGCCGGGGCGCAACAUCUCGAGGAUCUUGAAAGGCGCGGUGGUCCGGAGCGCCGGCGGCGCCGGCAUGGUCUUGCUGAACAAAUUCGCCCAAGGCUACAGCACGCUCGCUUCAGCGCACGUCCUCCCGGCGUCGCACGUCGACUACGCCGCCGCCUCGGCCAUCAAGUCCUACGUCAGCUCCACGGCGAACCCCACGGCGCAGAUCCUCGCCGGGGGAACAAUACUCGGCACGUCGCCUGCUCCGUCGAUCGCCUUCUUCUCCUCCCGCGGGCCUAGCCUCCAGAACCCCGGCAUCCUGAAGCCUGACAUCACGGGCCCCGGCGUGAACGUGCUCGCCGCGUGGCCGUUCCAGGUAGGUCCGCGGACGGAGUCUCCCCUCCCGGGACCGACCUUCAACGUCGAGUCCGGCACGUCCAUGUCGGCGCCUCAUCUCAGCGGCAUCGCAGCGUUCAUCAAGAGCAAGCACCCCGACUGGUCGCCGGCGGCGAUCAAGUCGGCGAUCAUGACCACCGCCGACGUCACCGACCGUGCCGGCAACCCGAUCCUCGACGAGCAACGCGAGCCCGCGGACUUGUUCGCGACCGGUGCCGGCCAUGUCAACCCGGAGAAGGCCGCGGACCCCGGCCUCGUCUACGAUAUCGCCGCCAGCGACUACGUCGGCUACCUCUGCGGCCUCUACAAUAGCCAGAACGUCUCGGUGAUCGCGCGUAGGCCCGUCGACUGCUCGGCCGUCGCGGCGAUCCCGGAGAGCAUGCUGAAUUACCCGUCGAUCUCGCUCGCGUUCCGGCACGCGUGGAACCGGAGCACGCCGGUGACGGUCGAGCGCACGGUGAGGAACGUCGGGGAGGUGCCGUCGGUGUACUACGCGGCGGUCGACGUGUUUGACGACGACGUGACCGUCGGCGUGGUUCCACGCGAGUUGGAGUUCUCCGAGGAAAACCAGGAGCGGAGGUUCAAGGUGGUCGUGUGGGCGAGGCGGAAUGGCGGUGGCAAGGUGGUGCAAGGCGCGCUCCGGUGGGUGUCAGGCACGUACACCGUCAGGAGCCCCAUCUCCAUCUCCUUCCCUUGAUACCAAUGCACACGUUGCCCGUAAGUUGUGACUGAUGUAAAGCUGGAUUUACUUGCUAAUUAACUCGACUCAUAUAUCUCCACUAUUUCCGUAUAUCUUCACUGUAAUACAUUUCAAAUUUAAUAGAGUUUCAAGAAGGAUAAUGA